AUGUUCUCCCGAUUGCGUUUGUCCUCAAGGGUACUCACUCCUUUCUCUAUUCCUGUGCGAACCUACACCAUGGCGUCCGAUACUUCUACCUAUAAACUCAACCAUACAAUGCUGCGGGUCAAGGACCCCAAGCGAUCGGUGGAGUUUUAUGAGUUCCUCGGCCUUAACUUGGUCAACAAACUGGACUUCCCCGAGUGGAAGUUUACCAACUACUUCCUCGCCUACAACGGCCCGGCCUCUCUCCAGGGUGACUGCCACUGGACUGACCGCAACGCCGUCUUGGAGCUCACUCACAACCAUGGCACCGAGAACGACCCCAACUACAGCGUCGUUAAUGGUAACACCGAGCCACACCGGGGCUUUGGUCAUCUCGCCAUCUCCGUGGACAACAUCGAAGCUGCCUGCAAGCGCAUUGAAGAUGCCGGCUAUCCCUUCCAGAAGAAAUUGACCGAAGGCCGCAUGCGCCAUAUUGCCUUCGCUAAGGAUCCCGACGGAUACUGGGUGGAGAUCAUCAGACGCGCCGACGAGGAUAUGUCUGCCGCCACCGACCCCAGCACCUACCGUCUGAACCACACCAUGUUGCGUGUCAAGGAUGCGGAGGCCAGCUUGAAGUUCUACCAGGAGAAGAUGGGCAUGACCCUGGUCCGUACCAUCGAGAACCCAGAUAACAAGUUCAACCUGUACUUCCUGGGAUACCCCGCUGCCAACCCCGAGAUCAAGGAGGGUGCUAAGAACAAUGUCGCGGAGUGGGAAGGCCUGCUGGAGCUGACCUGGAACUACGGAACCGAGAAGCAGGAGGGACCGGUCUACCACAACGGUAACACGGAGCCGCAGGGAUUCGGCCACAUCUGUGUUUCGGUCGACGACCUCCAGGCGGCCUGCGAGCGCUUCGAAUCGCUCAAGGUCGACUUCAAGAAGCGUCUGACUGACGGUCGGAUGAACAAUGUGGCGUUCCUUUUGGAUCCCGAUGGAUACUGGAUCGAGGUGAUCCAGAACGAGCGGAUCAAGCGCACCUCCAACUGGUAG